AUGGAGGGAGAGGGGGAACCUCCCCCGCAGCCUCAAAGGCGCAACAGGCGACAGGUGCCGGUAGUGGAACGUCAGCUCGCCGAGAGAAAUAUUUUCUCCGGUGAGCCGCCGCGUCCGCUACCGUGUAUCCGCACCAUGAGUGCGCUACGCCCCGGCAGAACAUCGCCGAGUGCGAAUAUUACCACCACGGACGAAGAUGAAGAGGAUGAGGAGGAGGAAUCGUCAUCCGCCAUAACCACCAUCAGACACCCGCUACAACCUACACGGGCAAGCGGGAGUGGAGAAAUCGCAGGGGGCUCAUAUUUCCAUGCAGCCCCCGCGGAUUAUACCCCACCGCCACGCCAGCCGAAAGCACAGCGGCGCCACACCCCGCCCGAGACGGAGGCGUCCCUCAUGGAAAAGCGGACAAAGGUAGCCCCCGCUACCUCAUCACCGGAGCAGGGGCCUCCGGAACCACAGGUGAGUCAACCUGGGGCGAGGGCCUACUCCCAACCCCCCAGGUCACCAUCCAAUAACUCCACACCGGCCACAACCCCCAGCAUAUCCCCGGACAGGAGGUCCAAUAGGGACCUCGACAUGGAAGAGCUUGGAGGGGAAUUAGCCUGGACGGACGCAACAUCCUACGCGACAUUCGCGAACAAUGGCACCAAUAGAGGUGCCAAUAUAACACCAACCGCCAGUGAGCUGCAGCCAUCAACAUCCUACGCUGCGACCGCGAUUAAGCCGCCAUCACCUAACACCUUGCGCAGAACAAGUUCACCUAAAGCGACCAACAACACCAACAUCAAGGAGAAGCCCACCCAGGAGUCCACCAGAAAGGGAUAUCCACCCAUAAUGGUGGAAAAACUCCCGGAGUGGACCAAACACUUUAAAAUUCUCCAGCAA